UGGGCAGGAAGGGAUGCUCUGUGGGCUCGGAGGCUGCAGCACCUUCCUGGGGACUGCUCUGUGAGCAGCGAUAAAAUAUUUAUCAGCCAGCAGCUGGGCUUCCCUGCACAGGGCAUCGCUGGGGGCAGGUCCCACCCCAAGGCCUGCAGCCUCAUUGUUCUGCUGAGUCACGAGGAGCCCAGUGAGCCACCUGCCCUCAUGCUCCUGAGCCCCUCUGCCCUUUGGCCACGUGGGUGCCUCAUAAUGUGUGAGCCAUUUGGCUACCUGCAAGGCCAGGCCACCCAGUGUGGUUAGGGCUGAACAGAGUUUCAGAGCUCACCCCCAGAAGAGUGCAGGCCUCAGCCAAGGUCACAGGGCAGAGGAGCCCCAGGGGCCAGGAUCCCACCCUGAACCUACCUUGGCAGCGUCCCACCUCCAGAGUCCUCUUGACACCCACAAGUAUCCACAACGGGGUGAUCGCCGUCUUCCAGCGCAAGGGGCUGCCAGACCAGGAGCUCUUCAGCCUCAACGAGGGUGUCCGAGGAAGGACCUACCUGGCUAAUGACUGGAGUGUCGUUCCCGGAAAAGCAAUCACAGCCCGCUGAAUGCCCUCAUUUCCUGCGAAGAGCUGGGAAAUGAGGACUGUGAAGCAGGAGGAUGUGCGCCCCCUGCUGCUGCCAGAGCCAGGCCGCCUCGAGGAUGAUCUCCAGGCACCUGUGUAGUGAAGGAGGCUGAAGCUCAGAGAGGUCAAGAGUCUUGCCCAGGGUCACACAGCUGCUGCAGCUGCUGAAAACGGAGCUGGGGUCCUUCUUCACGGAGUACCUGCAGAACCAGCUGCUGACGAAAGGCAUGGUGAUUCUCCGGGACAAGAUCCGCUUCUACGAGGGACAGAAGCUGCUAGACUCCUUGGCAGAGACCUGGGACUUCUUCUUCAGUGAUGUGCUGCCCACGCUGCAGGCCGUCUUCUACCCAGUACAGGGCAAGGAGCCAUCGGUGCGCCAGCUGGCCCUGUUGCACUUCCGGAACGCCAUCACCCUCAGUGUGAAGCUGGAGGACGCGCUGGCCCGGGCCCACGCCCGCGUGCCCCCUGCUAUUGUGCAGAUGCUGCUGGUGCUGCAGGGGGUGCAUGAGUCCAGGGGUGUGACCGAGGACUACCUGCGCCUGGAGACACUGAUCCAGAAGGUGGUAUCACCGUACCUGGGCACCUACGGCCUCUACUCCAGUGAGGGGCCCUUCACCCACUCCUGCAUCCUGGAAAAACGCUUCCUGCGCCGCUCCCGUCCUGGGGACAUGCUGGCCAAGAACCCGGUGGUGCGUUCCAAGAGCUACAACACACCACUGCUGAACCCCGUGGCCGAGCACGAGGCGGAGGGCUCGGCGUCCAGCAGCACAAGCAUCCGCAGACACUCUGUGUCCGAGAUGACGUCCUGCCCCGAGCCCCAGGGCUUCUCUGACACGCCUGGCCAGGGCCCUUCGGGGGCCUUCGGGUCCUCCCCGGCCCCCCACUUGGGGCCCUGCCCAAACAGACUGUGCCCACCCAGCCAGCCCCUGAAGCAGGGCCCAGGCCUGGCCUCUGGGUCCCUGCCAACCUCCAGCCCUGAGCACCUGGUGGACCAGAUCUUAGAAUCCGCAGACUCGGAUUCCGAGGGCAUAUUCAUUGACUUUGGCCAGGGCCGAAGCUCUGGUGUGUCCGACUUUGAGGGCCCUGGGGGCCGGCAGAGUGUUGUGUGAGGGCCUUGGGUCCAGCUUCACAUUUUUACUGACUCCCACGUGUGCGUGUCCUUAUGGUGUGUGCGUGCGAGACUUUUAUACUGUCCUGGCCAGUCCUCCCAUCGGCCUCUUCACUGGCCUUGGUCACGUUAUACUCCUGGGUCUUUGUUGGAAAGACCUGCCUCCCCCGCUCAGCCUAGGUCUGUUUGGAGGUGUCCAUGUCUGCAUCACCCAGGUGCACAGGUCAGCCUCAUGGUGUGGGCAGGAUCACUCUCUCCCGCCCCAGCCCUCCAGCCCACACCCACCCACAGAGAAUGUAAACCACUGUGUUCUGCCCAUACCAGGCCCCGGGAGGCCCAACUCCAGCAGACCUGCCCGUCCACAUAUCAGACCUCACUCUCGGGCUACAGCAGAGCCACAGUGUGUGACUGCCCCAGAAGCCUGCUAGCAGACUGUCCACUCUCUGCCUAGGGCAGCCGUGGUGACGGGAGGGAAGAAUAAAACCUGUCACCCUGG